AUGGAAGAUGAUGGCAACUCUCUUGUUCCCUUGCGUCAGAAGACAAAAAAGAAAAGUCAAGGGUUCUUUAUAAUGAGCCGACGGAGGAUAUCGUGUAAAGAGCUGGGACAAGCUGAUUGCCAAGGAUGGCUGUAUAAAAAGAAGGAAAAAGGAGCUUUUAUUGGCAACAAAUGGAAAAAGUUCUGGUGUGUGCUCAAGGAGUCCUCUUUGUAUUGGUACAGCAGUCAGCUGGCUGAAAAAGCAGAAGGAUUCAUCAGACUUCCAGAUUUCAGUGUAGACCGAGCAAUUGAAUGCAAAAAAAAGCAUGCUAUUAAAAUCAGCCACCCACAGAUCAAGACAUUUUAUUUUGCGGCAGAAAAUGUGCUGGAAAUGAACACAUGGCUAAGUAAGCUGGGGAUGGCUGUAGACCCUCAAGCAUCCAAUGAAAAGAAUGAGGAAGAAUGCUACAGUGAAAGUGAACACGAUGAUCCAGAAAUAACAGACACUCCACCACCUCCCUACACAGCUGAGCCACCACCUCCUCCUUCGGUAAGUCAGGAUCAGCAGAAGUCUUCUUUCACCUCGACUCUGUCAAGUGAAGCAUCUUGUUCUCUCUCCUCUCCUGAAAAUACUUUCAAUUCCCAAGAGUCAUCUUCUUCCUUGUCCAAUGUAGCUCAUUCCAAGAGGCAGUCCUGGCUUGACCUAGUUAACAGCUCUGGCACAGAAGAGGGUGAUCAACCUUUAACUUUCUGCGUACAGAUUCACUCUGAUGAGCUACCAGAAGCAGACUGUGGAGAAGCAGCAGAAAGCCAGGAGGUCCAGCUUUCCAAACCCACUGGUGGAUUGUCAAACUCUUUUUUAGGUCCAGAUGCACCUUGUCUAGCUGUGUCAGAUGCAACAGAACAGAGAUCACCAGCCAAAGAUCAGGAAAAAUGUGAUGAUGAUGAGAUGGAGCGACUUUACAAGUCGUUAGAACAAGCAAGCUUGUCUCCCAUUGGCGACCGUCGUCUGUCAACAAAGAAGGAGCUUAGGAAGUCAUUUAUCAAACGCAGCAAAAACCCCUCCAUUAAUGAGAAACUGCACAAAAUUCGAAUGCUGAACAGCACAUUAAAGUGUAAAGAGCAUGACCUGGCCACAAUUAACCAGUUGCUAGAAGACCCAAAGUUGACGGCAAUAAAGUACAGAGAGUGGAGAAACACAAACAUCAUGCUGGUCCAAGAUAUUCACCAGCAUCAGGGGGUCCAGGAUGCAUCCACAGAAAACAGUGAGGAGCAAGAGAUGACUCCACAGCCUAUCACUGAAAGUGCUAUCUGA